UCCUAGUGCUCCCGGCCUGGGCCUCUCCUCUCCGCUGCUCCUUUCCCCAGGCAGCGCCCGCAGAGGCCGUGCCAUGUCCCACCCUGGCCAGAAGCCCGCCGCCUCCCCGCGGCCCCGGCGCAGCCCAGCGGCCCGCCACACCCAGGAGCAUGUCAAUGUGCAAAUCAGUGGAUCACCUUCCAACCCAGGAGGAAAGAAAGAAUCAGAUGAGAAAAAAGCAGCAAGUCUUGGGACCAGUCAACCCUCCAGAACCUCUGCUGGAAGAACAGCCCCCACCGCCAAGGUAUCAGCUUCCUUGGGUGCACCGAGCAAGUUUUCUAGUAUGAAUCCCACAGAAACUAAGGCUGUAAAGACAGAACCUGAGAAGUCACAAUCAACUAAGCCCUCUGUGGUUCCUGAGAAGAAAUCCCAAGAAGGAAAGCCAGAAAAACACACAGAGCCAAAAAGCCUGCCCAAGCAUGCCUCAGACAAAGGAAGUAAACAUGCUCGUAGUGAAAGAGCAGUUUCCAGAUCAAGCGAACAGGUGCCAUCAGAGAAACCAAUGGAACAAAAGACCAAACCACAAGACACAAUUUCUGCUGGUGGAGAGAGUGUUGCUGCUGGUGUAGCUGCAGCAUCGGGCAGACCUGGUGACAAGAAAAAAGAAGAGAAACCAUUAUCUCCAGCUGUACCAGUUGAAUCCAAACUGGAUAAACCAUCUGGAAAGUCAGGCCUGGACGCUGCUUUGGACGACUUAAUAGACACAUUGGGAGAACCUGAAGAAACUAAGGAAGACAGUCCAACUUAUACCGGACCAGAAGUUUCAGAUCCAAUGAGUUCCGCCUACAUAGAGGGAUUAGGUAAAAGAGAAGUCACAAUUCCUCCAAAAUAUAGGGAACUUUUGGCUAAACCCAUGGGGCCGGAGGAUGCCAUAGAUGUCUUGUCAUCCGACUUCACCUGUGGUUCUCCUACUGUAGAUGGAAUGAAAACUGAAAAAGAGAAAUCUACAGGAGAGGUUUUAAAAGCUCAGUCAUUGAGGACAGUGAGAACUGCUGCUCCACCCCAGGAGAAGAAAAGAAAGGUGGAGAAGGAUACCAUGAGCGACCAAGCCCUUGAGGCUCUGUCAGCUUCGCUGGGAACCCAGAAACCAGAACCCAAGCUUGACCUCAGUUCUGUUACGGAAGUCGAUGAGGUAAAAGCUAAAGAAGAAAGACUAGAGAAGUGUGGUGAGGAUGAGGAGACAGUCCCGUCUGAGUACAGACUGCAGCCAGCCAUGGAUAAAGAUGGGAAACCACUAUUGCCACAGUCUGAAGAAAAACCCAAGCUCCUGAGUGAAUCACAACUCAUAGAUGAACUUUCAGAAGAUUUUGACUGGUCUAAAUGUAAAGAAAAACGAUCUAAGCCAACUGAAAAAACAGAAGAAUCUAAGGUCACUGCCCCAACUUCUGUGGCGGAGACUGUGCCUCGGAUCUCCAUGUGUAGUAUACAGUCAGCGCCACCCAAGUCACCUGCCUUGCAGGGUCAAGUGCCUGAGGACGCUGUAGAGGCCUUGGCUGGCAGCCUGGGGGAAAGGGAAGCAGAUCGAGAAGAUGAAAAACCUGUGAUAGAUAAAGUCACGGAUAAAGCCAAAGAAGAAGACUGUGAAAAACUUGGUGAAAAAGAAGAAACAAUACCCCCUGAUUAUAGAUUAGAAGAUGUCAAGGAUGAAGAUGGAAAACCACUCCUGCCCACAGAGCUCAAGGAGCAGCUUCCACCCUUGAGGGAAGACGUCCUUCUUGAUACUUUGUCUGAGGACUUCUCCAGUCCCCUGAAUACUUCAUCUCUUAAAUUCGAAGAUGCUAAACUUUCUGCUGUCAUCUCUGAAGUGGUUUCCCAAACCCCAGGUUCAGCCACUCACUCUGGAGCCCCACCCCCGGAUAAGUCGCAGAGUGACAAAGAAAUCGAUGAUGCCUUGAAUAAACUCUCUGACAGUCUAGGACAGAGGCAGCCUGACCCUGAUGAGAACAAACCGAUGGAGGAUAAAGUGAAGGAAAAAGCUAAAGCCGAGCACAGAGACAAACUUGGAGAGCGAGAUGAUACUCUCCCUCCCGAUUAUAGACACCUCUUGGACGGUGACGGGAAGGACAAACCUGCGAAGCCACCUACAAAUAGAUCACAGGAGUCAAAGAAUCCUACAGGUAACCGAGACCCCGUUGAUGUCCUCUCAGGAGAUUUUGACAGCUGUCCCUCAACUACAGAAACCUCACAGAACACAGCAAAGGAUAAGAGCAAGAAGGCGGCUUCCAGUUCCAAAGCAGCCAAGAAGGAAGGCAAAGCAAAGGACUCAGCAAAGACAACAGAGGGAACUUCUAAGCCAAAAACUGGUGAAAGAGAUACAAGUUAAAGUUUACACUAUUUGGUAUCUGCAUAUAAAAUCUUCAGCUGGUGAAUGGUGACUUUUGAAGAACAAAAAGCUUUGGCAACAGAACAUAAUGUUUUCUGGGUGGCUGCUAGAUUUGAGUCUUUGACAUCCUAAACAUUGGUUUGUUAUUCUUUUCCAGAAAGAAAAUGAAUUGCUCUGGUUCACCUGUGUAAUUGUGCUGAGUAUUGAUAACCUUUGAAUUUUUUUUUAAUUAAUUGCCUUUGGUUGGGAUAGAAAAGAAGCUUUAUAUUUGUAAUAAAUAUAUUUGAUAAAGUUUCUUAAAGCAACAGCAAAAAAAAAAAAAAAAAGAGAGAGAGAAAACCUUUGCAAACUUCUGCACAUUGUACACACAGUGCCUGUAAAUCUCAUUAGUAUUUUCAGUUUGCACCUUGUUUUUUUUGUUAGCAUUUGGAAAAUAAUGCUUUAAACAUUCUUUGAUGUUCUGAUUUCUUUUUACCUACCCCCUUUCCUCUUGGGUUUUUGAACUGUACUUGAUUUGGAGGUGGGGGCAAAUGUUCAUGAGUGAAACAUAAAAUGUUAUACAUUGGGCACAAACUCCCUCUUGGGCUGCGAGCAGUAAAGUAAGUCGAAUCCCUGGAGAAACCAGGAAGCACUGAACCCUUCUCAGUUUGAACUCUUCUUUGCCACUCUUCUGCACCUUCAGGUCAACACAAAACACAGCAACCUUCAGUCAAGUCAACAAACUACAGACCAGACAAGUCAGUGUGCUGCACGUUUUGAGAACAGGAAAUAAAAUCUAAUACUUAGACUAUU